GACCACCCGCAUCGGGGGUUUAUGAGGGAGUCAUGGGCUCGGUAUCAUAGGGCUUUUCGAUUAAAAAAAAUAAAUAAAUGGGUUUCAACCCGUGAACCGGGUCUUCCAAGUGAGCCCGUAUGAUACGGGGUCAUGCCACGCGGCGCAGAGGGAGUGGCUACGCGAUCUCGCGUGUUGAGUGAGAAAAAAAGGGUAUCGCGUGAAAGAUCCCAUUUUCUCUUCUCUCUUCGAAAUCUAGGGUUUCUCUGUCUCUGAGGCGAUUUCGUGUCGGAGUCCAGAGCCGGAGCUUUUCUCGAUCAAUUCGUCGUCGGAGUCACUCGUAAACGCUCUCAGAUGGAUCCCGAAGCAGAGAUAAGAGACACAAAGAGAAGAAAGGAGCACAUCGAUAUGCUUUCAAUCGUGUGUGAUUCAGAACACGGGAUUCCGACGAGGUGUCCCUGCGGUGGGAGUAUAAUUCACGAGGUUCGUGGGAAGGAGGAAUACGACACUCUCCCCGGCAAGCGUUUCUUCACCUGCAUAAACUACGAGGCUGAUGGUUUUCAUUAUCGUCAGCCUUGGGUCAUUGGUGUGCAGGAGCAUAUCGAACGGCUCACAAGUCGUGUGGAGGAGGUGGAGGCGGUGAUCAAGUGGCUGCCGGAAGUGAAUAAUAAGAUCAAGAGUCUGGAGGCAGAGGUAAAAGCCCUCACUGUGGAGGUUGAUAGGCUCACUGGGAAGGUUUAUAACCUGACCGUGCAAGUGGAUCACUUGGAGAAAUGCUGCUUCGACUGAAAACACAAAGGUCACGGGUUCAAAGAGGAGGAUGCGUGGAUGGUUGCAGGUCUCUGUUUCUUUAUGUAUCAAAUCAAGUCACGGGUGGUAAUGUAGUAGUAGGUGGUUGUAGUGGUAGGGUAUGUAAGAUGGAAUCACGGGAGAGUGUAGUUUUUUUCAACUUUCUACACUCGUUUUAUGUAUCAAAUCAUGGGCAUGUCCCCACGGCUUUACUUUUGUACUCACGGGUGUAUGUACCCACAUGCUACUUGCUUCAAUGUUUUUCUAUAUAAAUGACUAUGUGUUUCAUUCAUGCA